CUGCGCAGAGGCUGACCAAGUAGCCCAGUUCCGAAUCUCGACGCAGGCGUACUGGGGCCGCCAUCCAGAGAGCGAGCGUGAGGCCUCGGGCCUGAGGGAGAGGGUCCGAACGGAGAGGACAGGGCCGGGCCGGGCCGGCAGGAUGACUUCCUUUGGUUGGAAGAGGAAGGUUGGCGAGAAGGUGUCGAAGGCGGCCUCCCAGGUCUUUGAGGAGGCCGCGGAGGAUGGUGGAUUGGUGGACGCCGACGUGGAUUGGUUGCACGCUGCAAAGCGUCGGCGGGAGACGCUGUUGGAGGACUGUGCUGUGAAGAGCAAGAGACUGAAGGAUGAGGGGGUCUUUCUGUCGGAGAACGGCAGGUACUGGGAGGCGAUUGGUCGGUGGGAUGAAGCUAUUCAGCUGACACCGGACUGUGCUGCCCUCUACGAGAUGAAGGCACAGGUGCUGAUGAUCCUGAAUGAGGUCUUCCAGGCAGUGCAGGCAGCAGAGACGGCUGUCCGCCUGAACCCUCAGUGGUGGGAAGCUUGGCAGACCCUGGGCCGGGCCCAACUCAGCCUCGGUGAGCUGGCUUUGGCGCUGAGGAGCUUCCAGCAGGCAGUGCACACCUUCCCGGCAGAGAGCUCACUGUGGGAGGACGAUCUAGGCUGGGCCGUGGAGCUACGGAGGAGGCAGCGAGAGCUGAGCCAGGCUGCCCAGCAGAGGCAGGCCCCUGCCGCUGACCUGCCUGACUACGACUUCGAGAGCGAGGAGCUGGUGGAGGCAUGCGCAGCUAUUGCCGAGCGAGACAGGCAGCCCUGCCCGGCCGGCAGCCCCGUGUAUGUGGCAGCGCCAGGGAAUGGGGCGGGUCUCGGCCUGCAAGCUCGAGGCUUUGUCCAGGCCCGGUAGUGGCAGCUGUGGGGAGCAGGAACAGGACAUCCCUCUCCGUGGGCAGCUUGCUGGACCCUGCUCCCUCGGGGCCCUGCCCCUAAAGGACUAGUUCCACUCCUCGUUGCUUCGAUGUUGGGGCUCUGUGUUGGCCUAUUCUCAACAUGCACCUGGUUCCACGGGUCAUCACCAGGCCAGCCCGGGAAUUCCUGUCAAAGUCAGGUGGAGAGUGAAAGCCCGCAGCUUGUGGACGUUCUCUCAGGGUGGGAGGUGGGGUGCUGCUGCUUCCCGAGGCUUCAUGUGUCCCCCCUGGGAACCCGGGGCUGGUCGAGUGGCACACUGGUGUCUGCAGCUCAUGCGUACAAUAAAGCUUUGCCUGUCUGUGGACCUGGUGUGUGUCAGUCCUUUCCAGCUUGCCAAGCCUUUGAUGACCAUGAGAUAUAGGAGCAGAAUUAGGCCAUUUGGCCCAUCGAGUCUGCUCUGCCAUUCCACCUUUGACACCCUGACUAAUCAAGAACCUAUCAACCUCUUCUUUAAAUAUACCCAAUGACUUAGUCGCCACUGACUUCUGUGGCAAUGAAUUCCACAGAUUCACCACCCUCUGGCUAAAUAAAUUCUUCUUCAUCUCUGUUCUAAAGGGAUGUCCUUGUAUUCUGAGGCUGUGCUCUCAGGUCCUAGAGUUCCCCACUUUAGGAACAUCCUCUCCAUAUCCACUCAAUCUAGGCCCUUCAAUAUUUGGUACGUUUCAAUGAGAGCCCCCGCCAUUAUUCUGAACUCCAGAGAGUACAGGCUCAAAGCCAUCAGACGCUCUCAUGGAAUAUUGCUGUCGUCCCUGGGAUCAUUGUCAUAAACCAAGCUCUAGGACAACAGCAAGAAAUGGCAGCCAUGCAAGCUAUCUGGCCCCUCCAGUUCUGGAUUCUUCGAUCAGAAUGGGUUUUUUUUACUUACUGCAAAUUGCAAUUGUACAACCACAGAGACAGUAAGUGACUAACACAGACUAAAUUUAAAUAGGAUGACUUUGCCUAAAGAUUCCGGAACAUCUCCAUGGUGCCAGUGGACACCACUUGUUCCUUCUGCUGGGACACCCAGGUACGGACCUACCCCAGAACAUGGCUGGGCAGUCAGCUCGCUGAACCCUCCGCUGCCUGUUUCCAGGACCCAUGGUUAACUAUCUCGACCAGCAAGCUUACUGGGACAUCCUCUUGGCUGACCCUUUGUUACACUAAUCUCAUGUUCUCCAAGUAAGAUUUUUCACUGUCUGCCCUGAAUAUUGUCCAACAACAACCUUCUGUCGUAUGGGAUUCCAAGCAUCACCAUCCAUACCCAAACGUGGAUGUGCCCAGGUCCAGAGGUGGUUUACGAGUUGAUCCCAGGAAUAAAAGGGUUAAUGUAUAUGAAGCAUUUGAUGGAUCUGGGCCUGUACUUGCUGGAGUUUAGAAGAAUGGGGUGGUGGGGGGUGGUCUCAUUGAAACCUAUCAAACAUUGAAGAGCCUAGAUAGAGUGGAUGUGACGAGGAUGUGGGGAGUCUAGGACUGGAGGACAUAGUCUCAGAAUAGAGGAUGUCCAUUUAGAACGGAGAUCCACGUGGUCAGUAAUCCACAUCUGAUCAUCACCAACUCUUCAUCCUUCAGCCUGUAGGGGUGACCAGCUGCCUGCGAUGUUAUUGCUCUAUCCCAAUUCCCACUCUGACCCCUUCCUCAGUCGUAGGAGCUGCAUCUCACCUUUUGACUGGGCAAGGUUACAGCCCUUGAGACUAGACAUGGAGUUUUGUGCUUUCAUCGAACAUUUAACAGUACCGGCCCUUCUGCCCAUGAUAUAAACUCCUUCAAUAUCAAUCUAAUGCUUUCUUCUGGCAAGGUGGCAGCAUAUACAAAUGCUGCGGCCUCUUGGGGGCUAUCCAAAGGUGCUUUGUUCUUUAUAAAAUGUGGAUUUUAUGAUCCAAAGACAAUCCUGCUCUGAGAACAUGGGGUACUGCAGGGCUGCAUCAGUGAGCUGCUUGUUGAUUGUUGAUCAGAGUAGCUGGACUGGUGUUGUCAGCAGAGCCAGCCAGGGUGUUGAAGGGGCUGACCGAGGAGGACCCAGAGGAACUGACCUGGCCGCAGUCCGUGUUGCAGCUACUCAGAAACAUCGGAGUUGGUGCAGUAAAACUGUGGGAAAUUGCCUCAGACAUUUCACUUGAUAUCGCAGGACCCCGUUGGACAGUGAUAAUGUAAGUUGCCACAGACCUGUUACCUUUGUCUGGUGGUGGGACAGGCAACAUGGGAGCUGUGUAGUCUGAGCUGUAGCGAGAACUAGGCCUCAAGGCUUGGGCUAGCCUGCUGCUGCGGACCAGGUGAGAGAUGUGGUGUCUGCACUGGGCUGUGGGCCCGGCCUCACCUGACAGUGCUGCCCCGUGUUUGAGUGGUGGAAUGACAGGCUGGGAUGCGUACGUCUGUCCAUUGCCGGGAGACUCCACCAUCGAUCGCUGGACAUUGUCUCUCAGGGUCUUGGACUAUUUAUGUUUUUUUAGAGUGAACUUGCAUCUUUGCUCGAUAUUUUGAAUUAUGCUAUCCGCUAUUUUUGAAUGUUUUCAUGCUAUUUUGAAUGUUUUGCACUUUGGCCCCAGUUGUCUCUUGUAUGAUUUGAAUGAUA